GCCUGUUCCGAGUCCUUCGAGAACAAAUAGGAGUCAAACGGUGGCCCACCAUUGCCGUCAUGUAGCUGGCAAGGUCGAGAUCACUGAUUAAUGUGGAUGACACUGCGUUGCAUCUGCAGUGUAUGCAUUGCCCAGAAGCGCAACAGCAGUCAUCGUCCCUGUCACAGCGCCUGCCACCAGCCUCCAACCACUGCACAACUCGACCACAUUAUUGACUUGGUUGCGCGCUGCGCGCACCGCUCAUCCAGUUCCUUCUGACCUCCGCGGGACGCGCAUCAUGCUUCCGAGUUUCAUGACCAUGUCACUGUUCAUCGCAGUGCGAUUGCCAACCUCUACGUCUGGGAUGAGCAGCCUCGUCAAGGUUGCAUCCAAUGACCGCCAGUUAGUGGCCCUAACCUGUCCCAACUUCUUGACGACCCUCGUGACCUCUUAAAUACCACUCACUCCAUCAUUGGCUCACGGACAGCAAAUCAGAGAUGAUCUUCAGGUUUCUUUCGGGCAAGCCACUCUUAAUUACCGUGGGAGCUUCAUCAGUGUCGCCUCAAUCAAUUUUUG